GUGGCUGCAACUCUGGAAAUCACGACCACCACCUCCUCGCAGCCAUGGAUUCGGAGAUGACCAUGGACGAGGCAAAUGCUCUUGAUGCUCUGUCGUCUAUACUCACCAAACUCACUGAGAAUCCGUAUGAGAUUGCCAAUCAUGCCGAACAUGUACGCGUUGCACAAGCGACUGGCCUGCAAGACCAAGUGGAAGCAGCACUCGAAAUGGUGACCGGUUUCUGGGCUGCAGGGGACUACGUCUGGCUGCCAUUGAUUGAGAAGAAACUAAAGGAGGCAGACUUGGAUAGUGCGGAAGGACUGUUGGAUGUCUUAGGGUUAUUCGAGAGAGCGGAGGCAGACUAUCUCUCAAUACCUGUUCUGAAGAAACAUCUUGAGUUCCUGACAGAACGAUACACACACUUUACCGAAACAGAGUCGAAACCCGAAGAUUUGGGUGAACUCUUCUCCACCGAAUGGACUCGUAAUGCCAUUUCGGACGUCGUGAACAAAGGCAUCGGACACCUUACUGAGAGCCAAGAACUAUGGGACAUACAACGAGAAUGGGAACAGAACGUACUCGAACAGGUUCCAGCAGCAGAACGGCCAACCCUCGUUUCUCAUCUCGAUGAUCUCUUUAUUCUACGACUUAAGCAACCUCACGCCGACUACGAGUCGACUUUCCAAGCCUACUCAACCUUCACUACAUCAUAUAAGCCGCCAGAUGCAUAUGAGACACUUCUUGUGCAAGCGUCCAAGAUGCGUUCUACCGCUGUCAAAGCAUGGAAUAGGCGUGAAUCUCUUGAGACUUCCUUGAGACAGGGAGGAUACUCGUUAGAAGGCUACAACUAUUACAUCACCUCCGAGCUCAGACCAAAGAAACAGGACCUCUUCAUACUUACUACUUUGUAUGAACGUGCUGUUGCUGAAGCGGACAAACGUAGAUGGAAAGGCGAGCCUGGGGCAGAAGAGGCCCUUCGAACCUUCUGGAUUGGGUAUUUGGACUUCCUAAGACAAAACGAGCUGGAUGAUGAACAAGUAGCGAGAAUCUUCCGACGCGCAACGAAGAGUAUACCUGGGUCAGGGGAGCUCUGGGCACGCUAUCUUCGGUUCCUGGAACGCGUCGAAAGCGAAGACCCUUCAGUUCCCACUGCAUAUGAUACUGCUUUAUCAUUCCCUCCAAUUCACAAAGAUGUUGAAGCGCUCGUUUCGCUCAUUCUCGCAAGAGCAGGAUACGAGAAGCGGCGUGUGGAUGCUGAAGAGGGUGGUGAAGAUGCGCUUGAGACCCUGGUUCAGGUACUCAUAGAGGGUAUCGCAAAAGUCCGUCAAGCUGCACGUAGUGGCGAUCCUAGGCUACGUCUGGAGAAGUUCUUUGGAUCAGUGUGUAUGGAGAACGAUGCGUUGCAAGAGCAUGCCAUUUCCGUUUGGCAAGACGCUGCUAAGCAUUAUAAGACAAGUUACGUCGCGUGGACGGAGUAUACCAAUGUGCUUGUGAGGCAUCAACAAUACGACACAGCGCGGGAUACAUUCAAGGAUAUCGCCUCGAAGAACAUUGACUGGCCUGAAGCUAUAUGGGAGGCAUGGCUACAGUUUGAACAUCUGCACGGAUCGGUGCAAGAUAUUGAGGAAUGCAUGGAUCGAAUCGAGCGUGCUCGAAACCAGAUCAACGUCCGACGUGCAAAGGAGGCGGAGAAGGCUGCUUAUGCUGCUAUGCAGGUAGAGGCAGAAUUGCAGCCUUCUGUCCCUGUAUCUGCCGGCCCCGUAUCCGGCGUGAACGGUGCAGAAUCGGCUGAAGUUGCCCCCGUAGACGUUGACAUGCAACAAGAGCGGCCAUCGGUCUCUGCCGGACUUAAACGUAAGGCAGAAGACGAAGUGGAGACUGACGGGCUGGAGAGUAAGAAGGCCCGAACAGAACCCCUCAAGCCGAUCCAGCUCAAGCGAGACCGAGAGAACUCAACAGUCUUUGUUGCAGACCUUCCUACAAAUGCUUCUGAUGAUGACUUGGUUGCCCUGUUCAAAGAUUGUGGUCCGAUUCGCGAGGUCAAGAUUACUCAACUGGCGAACUUGGCUGUUGCGACAGUAGAGUUCAUGGACAGGGAAAGUGUACCGGCUGCCUUGACGAAAGACAAGAAACGCAUUCAUGAUCAAGAGAUUGCAGUACAUUUGGGGUGGAAGUCGACGUUGUAUGUUACGAAUUUCCCAGAGAGUGCUGACGAUGCGUUCAUUCGGGAUCUCUUUGGAAAGUACGGCGUGCUGUUCGACGUGAGAUGGCCAAGUAAGAAGUUCAAGAGCACAAGGAGAUUCUGCUACGUCCAGUACACCUCUCCAGCGUCUGCUGAAGCCGCUCUCGAGUUGCAGGGAAGAGAACUCGAGCCCGGACAUCGUAUGAGUGUACUCAUUUCCAACCCGGAGCGGAAGAAGGAAAGAUCUGACGUGGAUGCAAACGAUCGCGAACUCUAUGUCGCUGGUGUAAGCAAGUUCGCUACAAAGGAUGACCUCAUGAAGGUCUUCAUCACGUACGGCCCCGUCAAGGAUGUGAGAUUAGCUCUGGACGACAAGCAGAGACCCAAAGGCUUUGCCUUCGUUGAGUUUGAACAAGCGAAAGACGCUGUCUCCGCGUUGGCGGCCAACAACUAUGAGCUGAAGAAGCGACGGUUAGCAGUCACAUUGGCUGAUACUAGACGUUCCAAACCCCAGACUACAGCAGGUCGUAAGGUGGAGAUCAGGAGCCGCUCUGUGCGUAUCAAGAAUCUUCCAGAUGGCACCCAAGAGGGCUUGUUGCAACAAGCCCUGGAAAAGCGAGCCGCAAUCAAGCGUGUCGAGGCGUUCACGGAAAAGAACGAGGCCAUCGCGGAGCUGGAGAACCCUGCAGAGGCAAGCAAGUUGCUACUGCACCCUGAACCUCUGGUGUUCAAUGGAAAAACCCUUGAGCUUUCUGAAGAAGCUUUGAUAGAUACGCCUUCGGCCAGCACCGGUCUGUUCAUGCCCCGUGCCGCUGCUUCGCGCCCGCGAGCAGGUUUGGGAAGUAAAAAGAGUCGCGGAACUGCUGUUAUCUCGGCCGUUAGGGCGGCACGUCCAGCACCAUCGGCAUCUACAGAUGGCAUUGGACCCUCUACCGCCGGCAACCGGUCUAAAGGUCAAGACGAUUUUCGCAAGAUGCUCAGCGGCGGUGUUUGAGUCUAAUCGGCAAUAGCUGCCUUUGGAGAUGGGACACAAUUUUAUAUAUAGCAGAAGUUCUCAGUAGGAUAUCCACAGCGCUAUGAUAUCUACACAUGAUGAGAAGCCCCACAGAAAAAGUGAGCCGGUUCAGAACAGCUCGACUGAGUCGUACACAAAGUUAGGACUCAAAAAUCCAUCCCCACUGCUGCCAGAAAUCACGUUGAUCUGAAUCCUGUUACUACCUGCAACGAGGGUACCGCUUGGGAUUGCGAAGUCGUAGAUUUGAUUCAAUCCGCGCCACGUUCCACGAGUGACACCUGCAAAGUCAACAACUCAGUGCAAAUUCUAUUAUAGCCUUCAGAAUUCUACGUACCUCUGGAGUCGAUGGCCGUAGGGGCUGCAAUGCAAGUGAUGUUGAAUGAAUCAGCUCAUAAGGAAUAAUAAAAACACUCACCGGAGGGCGCACUAGACGUCCAAGAGUUGACAGUGAUUUGGGGCCUGCCUCCCGCAAAAGCAGAUGUAGUCCUGAUACGCAGAGUCCUGGCACCGAUCUGGGAGGAAGAGGCACUCCACUGGAUGGUUGUUGGGUUGUUCACGUUCUUGAAUUGAGCCUGAUUUGACUAGGGUUAGUUCUGAGAAUCAUCUGGAGUCAGAAUACUCUACCAUGGGGAAUGAUGAAGCCGAGCUGCCGAUAUUGAAGGUAAUUGGCCCCCAAUUGCUCAUGCGCGAGUCAGAGCUAUAGGAAAUGAUCAUGACAUAGACAUUCAACCG